UUCAUCUGGAUUGGUUACAAGUGUGUCGAGGAGUUUAUCUCGUGCUGUUGUUUGGAGCCUGGAUUGCUUGGGAGAAGCAAUCAGGGAUUGGUAACGUGAUUUUGGUUUAGGGUUGGUCCAGCUCGACGAUGGCCUGUAUUAUUAAUGGCAAGGCUAACAUUGGAUUGAGUGCCUGACUGUCGAAACUCGACGUCUCCCCUUUGUUUGUGAGUGAGAAGCGUGAGGGAGUUUGGGUUGAAUAUUUCGGUUGAGAGUAAGUGUUAAGGAUAGUUUGUAGAUAGACGAGUAUUCAUAUAGCGCUGAGUCGGAUUUCCGUGGAUGUGGAGGAAGAAGAACAAGGAAGUGGGGAGUUGUGUGUGUUCCUGUGGAAGAGGGUGGGGGAAUUCGUGUGAAGGUUGCGGCGAGGGGUGAGAGAAUUGGUGGUGGUGUUUUGUGGAAUUGGUGAGUGUUGUUGAUCUGGGGAUUGACAUUCGAGAAAAGAGUUGUGAAUGCAUUAGAUUUUGAAGGGGGAGGUGGGUAGGGGGCUGGGGGAGUGAGUAGCUAUGUCGACUGUGGCCAUGCGCCAAUUCAGCGUGACAGCCACGAAUUCUUUCUGUAGCUGGAGUGCAACUACCAUUCCCAAGACUCCACCCCUAUGUGCAUUGGAUCCCGGCCAGAUUAGGCUCUCUGUAUCGAGGAGAUUUGGGUUCCUUGGUGGAGAUGGGACGUCUCUGCAGAGUCUGGGUGUUGGGCGGAGAAGGUUAAGUGGUGUAGAUGGGAGGAGGUCCUCCAAGCGUGUAGCGACUAAAGCAGCGUUUAUCUCACCCCCAGCUGACCCGCAGUUUGCAAACCUUGACAACGAUGGAAUGGAGGAUGUGUUGGGUUCUGUGCCGGUGGCUCCGCGGGGCCCUAAGCCAAUCAUCACUUGGAGCCUCGUGCUUGGACUGCUGUGGAAGCAAAAGCUCCGUCUCAGUGUGGCUGCCAUGGCUCUUCUGGCUGCUACAACUUGUACCCUCAUGAUGCCUCUGUUUUCAGGCAAAUUUUUCGAAACUUUGAUCGGAGUCAGGAAGGAGCCUCUGUCGGAGCUUCUAGCCAAGCUUGGAGUAAUUUAUCUUAUGGAGCCGGCGUUGACAGUAGUAUUUAUAACAAAUCUGGUUCACGUAUGGGAGAAUGUGAUGGCUCAUUUACGCUCGGAGGUUUUCCGUCGCAUUUUGAUUCAAAAGGUGGAAUUCUUCGAUCGCCACAAGGUUGGUGAACUCACUGGAAUUCUUUCACAAGAUUUGGGAGCCAUGAAAGAUCUUGUGAAUGAAAAUGUUUCUCGAGAUCGUGGUUUUCGAGCCUUUUCAGAGAUGAUGGGAACACUUUGUAUUCUUUUCGCACUAUCCACUCAGCUUGCUCCUGUUCUUGCGCUUUUGAUGCUUUCCGUUUCUGCUACUAUAUCAAUCUACAAGCGAACAACAAUGCCGGUUUUCAAAGCUCAUGGCGCGUUUCAGGCUCGAAUGAUUGAUUGUGCCAAUGAGACGUUUUCAGCCAUACGGACGGUCCGAUCAUUUGGUGGUGAAAGAAGGCAGACAGGAAUGUUUGAUGAAAUGGUUUUAGCGUUCCAAAAGAGUGGAGACAAAUUGGGCUGGCUAAAAUCUACAAAUGAAUCUUGGACUCGGGUGGCAAUUUAUAUCUCCUUGAUGGCUCUUUACUUUCUCGGCGGAACUAAAGUCAAAGCUGGAGAGCUGGCAAUUGGAACAAUGGUUUCUUUUGUUGGAUAUACAUUCACCUUAACAUUUGCGGUGCAAGGGCUUGUUAACACUCUAGCCGACCUUCAGGGUAUGCUUUCAGCCGUUAAACGUAUCAACACUGUGGUAGGCAGAGCAGAGGUAGACGAGUGGCUCGCACAUGGCUUGGAACGAGAAGCUCGGGGAGAGUUGCAGAACCCUGACGAGUGUGAAAGCUCUGUGGACACUGGGGUGGUGGAUCGCUCUUUCAAUGGGACAGCCGCUCAUUCCCUAAACUAUGAUUCUAAAAAAAGUGUUUGCGAAUUAGCAUGGUCAGGGGACGUUGUGCUCGAAAAUGUGUUUUUUGCGUAUCCUUUACGACCAGAGGCACUUAUCCUCAAAGGAAUCAAUCUGCAUUUGAAGCGCCGCACUGUGACAGCAGUUGUGGGAUCAAGCGGUGCUGGCAAGAGCACAAUCGUGCAGCUACUUGCCCGCUUUUACGAGCCAAGUGGUGGCCGGAUAACCCUAGCUGGAGUCGACGUUCGGAAGUUUGAUAAAUCCGAAUGGGCACGGGCAGUGUCCAUUGUGAACCAGGAGCCGGUGUUAUUUGCAAUGACUGUGGCGGAGAACAUUGCAUACGGUUUGCCUAACAAAGCUGUAUCUGAAGCGGAGAUUGUAGCAGCGGCUAAAGCUGCCAACGCACAUGACUUUAUUGUAUCGCUUCCUGAGGGCUACGAUACUAUGGUAGGAGAGCGAGGAAGUCUUCUCAGUGGCGGUCAACGCCAGAGAAUAGCGAUCGCAAGGGCAUUGCUGAAGAACGCUCCCAUUUUGAUCUUAGAUGAGGCCACCAGCGCCUUGGAUAGUGUAAGUGAGCGGCUAGUGCAAGGUGCACUCGAUCGACUUAUGAAGGGACGGACCACAUUGGUGAUAGCACAUAGAUUGAGCACAGUUCAGGCUGCAGACCAGAUUGCCGUGUGUGCUGAUGGAAACGUCAUAGAGGUUGGAACACAUGCGGAGCUUAUCGCCAAAGAAGGCACGUAUGCCUCCCUUGUGAAUACACAGAGGCUUUCUUUUGAGUAGGAUCAAGUUUUUCGGAUUGUUCAACGUGAAAGAGCUGCUUGAAAUGUUGCCCUUGCAACAGAAGCAUGUUUAUAAGUUGAAUCGCUAUUUUUAAAUGUGAUUAGCUAGUAUUAGCAACAUGCUUCGUAUUAUUGAUCCUAGCCUUCACUGUAUCAUGCUUUUGGCUAUUAAAUAUGUCCUUUACAUGUAUUUUAAUUCAAUACACCUGAAGUUAAGGAUUUUGGCAGCUCUGCAAUGACCA